GCCGGCGCCUGCGCCUGCGCCGUGGGCGGCUCGGGCGGAGGGCGGCUUUAUAUUCGCGGGCAUCAGCUGACGCCCUGCAUUGCAGACUGCGGAGUCGAGCGGCGCCAUGUACGCGCUCUUCUUCCUGGCCGGCCUCCUGGGCACGGGUCUAGCCAGCCCAGUCCUGGGCCUGAAAGAAUGCACCAGAGGCUCGGCGGUGUGGUGCCAGAAUGUGAAGACGGCUGCCGAGUGCGGCGCGGUGAAGCACUGCCUGCAGACCGUGUGGAGCAAGCCCACUGUGAAAUCCCUUCCCUGCCGCCUGUGCAAAGAUGUCAUCAGCGCAGUGGGCGAGAUGCUCAAGGACAACGCCACUGAGGAGGAGAUCCUCGUGUACUUGGAGAGGACCUGUGACUGGCUUCCUAACUCCAACUUGUCUGCCUCGUGCAAGGAGAUUGUGGACUCCUACCUCCCUGUCAUCCUGGACCUCAUUAAAGGAGAAGCGAGCCGGCCCGGGGAGGUGUGCUCCGCGCUCAGCCUCUGCCAGUCCCUGCAGAAGCACCUGGCGGAGCUGAGUCAGCGCAAACAGCUCGCGUCCAAUAAGAUCCCGGAGCUGGACAUGCCUGAGGUGGUGGCUCCCUUCAUGGCCAACAUCCCCCUCCUCCUCUACCCUCAGGACGGCCCCCGCAGCAAGCCGCAGCCCAAGGACGAUGGCGACGUGUGCCAGGACUGCGUUCAGAUGGUGACCGACAUCCAGAACGCUGUGCGCACCAACUCCACCUUCGUGGAGACCCUGGUGGAGCACGCCAAGGAGCAGUGUGACCGCCUGGGCCCCGGCGUUGCUGACAUGUGCAAGAACUACAUCAACCAGUACUCGGAGAUCGCCGUCCAGAUGAUGAUGCACAUGCAACCCAAGGAGAUCUGUGGGCUGGUCGGGUUCUGCGACCAGGUGAAGGAGAUGCCUAUGCAGGCCCUGGUCCCCGCCAAAGCGGCCGCUGAGAACGUCGUCCCUGCCCUGGAGCUGGUGGAGCCCGUCAAGGAGAGACCCGUGCAGGCCCGUUCCGACCUUCUGUGCAAGGCCUGUGAGCUCGUGGUGAAGAAGGUGGUGGAUCUGAUCGACAACAACAAGACCGAGGAGGAAAUUAUCCACGGUUUGGAUAAAGUGUGCUCGGAGCUGCCCGCGUCCAUCUCGCAGGAGUGCCAGGAGGUGGUGGACACGUACGGCAGUGCCAUCCUGUCGGUGCUGCGGCAGGAGGUGGACCCCGAGCUGGUGUGCCACAUCUUCCACCUCUGCUCCUCCGGCAGCACGCCGCCCAGGCUGCCCGUGGUGCCCGCCCGUGUGGCCCCGGUGAAGGACGGCGGCUUCUGUGAGGUGUGCAAGAAGCUCGUCAGCUACUUGGAGCACAACCUGGAGAAGAACAGCACCAAGCAGGAGAUCCUGGCUGCCCUGGAGAAAGGCUGCAGCUUCCUGCCUGACCCCUACCAGAAGCAGUGUGAUCAGUUUGUGACCGAGUACGAGCCUGUGCUGAUCGAGGUGCUCGUGGAGGUGAUGGACCCCGCCUUCGUGUGCCUGAAAAUUGGAGCCUGCCCCUCGGGCCCCAAGCCCCUCCUGGGGACGGAGAAGUGUGUCUGGGGCCCCAGUUACUGGUGCCAGAACUCGGAGACUGCUGCCCAGUGCAACGCUGUGGAGCACUGCAGACGGCACGUGUGGAACUAGGAGGUCGGGCCUUGGGAAGGGAAGCCGUAGCCUUGUUAUACCUACUUUCACCUGGGGUAAAGAACCCCUCCUCCUAGUUGACUUUGUUCUAAAAAUAGGACCCCCUCCCCACCCUUCGCACCUCACUUCUCUCCUGUAGUGUUGCUGCCCCCAGGGCAGGUCCAGCUCCCUACUCCCCUGUCCCCGUUCUCACUGCUUGACGGUUGGUGGCAGUAGUGUGCACCGAGGGCUCCGGGCUGCCCGCACGUGGCGGUGGACUCGGGCGGGCCGGAGCGUCGUGGGGGCAUGGGAAGCUGUCCACCCUCCGAGCUGGGGCCUUGCUCUGAGCCCUGUUGCCCUAACCAGGGGGCCUCCCAGGGAAGAGCAGCUCCCGAGCGCGGCUGUGUUAAUUCCUGUGUCUGGGCCCUGCCUGGGUACCCUUGAUCCUGGUGAUGCCUUGUUUGGGGUCCCCCGGGGUUGGGUGGGGAGGGGGAGUCUGCUUGAAUGUACGCCGCUCAUUCCCUGGGAGCCUGCACCCCGGGGUGCCCACCCGGCUGCCGCCCGUGUGACUACUGAAGCUGCUGUUCUUCCUGGGGUGCCAGCACCCAGCGAGGGGGGCCGUCGCUAGCAGAUGAACCUGAGUUGUUUGUUUUGCACUAAAGUUCCUGUGAUUUAAUAAAGUUCUGUUAACCAGA